CAAUGGCUCAAGAUGCCCGCGGGGCGGCCGUGACGACCAUACGAUACCUGGCGCUCCUCGCCACCCACUUUGUCGGCUCAUCCUUUGGCCUCGUCUUCUUUGUCCGCUACACCCAGCUCAAGUUGAAGGUGGGCAACCCGCUUGCGCUCGCCGCCGCCGCCACCGGCCCGCCCUUCCUCGCCGCUCUUGCGCUCUUUGUCACCCGAAGCAUACGAUCGCCGCCGGCUGCUGCGUCGGGAGGUCGGUUCUUCCUUCCUAUCAAGAUCAAUGCCGCACUGGCGCUGGCAUCGGUCGUCACCGCCGUCGCCUCGGUCGGCGCCACCUCGCUCGCCUCGCUCCCGGUCGGCCUCUUCCUCGUCCUCCUAGGCCUCGAGCCUGGUCUUGCUGCCCUCGGACGCGGCUUCUUUAUCUCGCAUGCCUCACGCUCGUCGACUGCCGUCCAUCUCGGUCCGGCAGCACUGGCGGUCGCCGGUGCUGCUGCCUACUUUAUCCGAUCGUCCGACGGCGGUGAGGCCUCGUUGGCGUUGCCGUCGACUGCGGUGGGCCUUGGUGCCGCCAUCAGCCUCGCCGCCAUACUGGCGUCGGUCGCGCGCGGAACGGGUGUCAUGCUCGCAGCGCUGCUCUGCCGCUCGCGCCUCCGGUCGUAUGUGCUGGAUGUCCGCUGGGCGCGGACGCUCGCCUCGGCCGACGCCCGCCAUGCCAACCCCGCCGACGCCGGGCUCCGCCCGCUAGGCCACGUCCCGGCUUUUCACGUCUUCUCAAACAUCGACGACGUGCCGCUAGCCCAUAUCUACGCGCUCGACAAGUUGUAUUUGUCGGGCGUGUACGACCCGCACAUCCUCGUCGGCGUCGACAUGUCGUCGACGGUCGAGCUCCAUGCCCUCACCGUCCACCUCGUCCUCUUCCCGGCCUUUGCUCUUGCCGCGACUCUCGCCGAGCCAAGCGCCUCUUCAGGCUCGGUCAGCCUCCUCGACGGCUCGCUCAAAGCUUGGCUCGCUCUCGGCGCGUGCGUCCUUUGCGCCGCCGCUCGCAUCGUGCACACUCUCCUCGAGGCGCCGCUCGCGUUCGGCCUCCCGCUCGACAUGCAUGUUCUCUGGCGAGUUGCCGCCUACACCGCCGCCUUUGUUGGCUCGGUCGUUUUUCUCGACGAGCCGUUCACCGUCUUUCGCGGCAUCGGUGCCGCCUGCUCACUCGCCGCAUACCUCGGCCAUGCCGGCCUCCUCCGCGCGAGCUUUGACCUGCUCCGCACCGAGCAAACUGCGCUCAUGUUUGUCGCGCUCUCGCAUCCCGAGCUGAUGGCGGUCGCGGGCACUACUGCGGCACACGGGGAGACAUGGACUGCAGCCGAGCAUCGCGCCCGCUACGGCCUGACUCUGCCGCCGACCCUUGCCCGCCCGAGUGGCCACGCGCCAGACGUUGGGGCGACGCUCCAGCCCGGGCCCGAGCACAAGCCCGAGCCCGCACGCGACGACAAGCCGCUGACGACCAAGCUCAUUGAUGUUGUUGCUCGCUCCGAGCACCGGGCGCCGGAGCAAAAGGCGGCCUACGCCGCUGCUGUGGAGCUCCGCGAUGAGCGCAUGGCCACACACGCCAUCAUCGGCCGGCAGAUCCGUGCUCUCGCGCCGACAACCGUGCGCGCUAUCGACCCCAACCUCGAGCUCGACGCCUUCUCGCCGCACGGUACCGCGGCCCACGCGCAGCAACUGUUCGGCAUCCCGCGCUACGGUGCGCGGGUCUCCCACGUCGCGGUCGCCGGCUCAUACCUCCGCGACCGUGCGCGCUACGAGGACAGCCGCCGCCUCGCCCGCGAGCAGCACAACGCCGCCCGUGUCUCGGCCGAGGCUCAGGACUAG